AUGACCACCACGAAUCUGGACACUGUCCCUUAUGAUGUCUUCUAUCAAAUCGCCUCAACGCUGGAUUGCCAAGACUUGAUCCAUCUGAGCCGUGUCAAUCGUGCUCUGCACGACUUGCUGCGGAAUGAGUCGAUUGCCCGCAAGAUUAUUGAAAAGAACUUGCGUCACACCAAGGAAGGGCAACGGGCUGUUCGCUCCAGCAAGGGCUAUCGCAAUGCCGUCGGUCGUCUCUUUGACGUGAAAGAAUCCUUCGCCACGGCCCAGCCCUACUCCGCCUCCAUCCUAGGCUACGGCAGCGCCUUCCUCUACGGCGGCGGCUCCUUAUGUUACAUCUUCGAGGAUGAAAUCCGUAGCUUGGAUGUCCACGGCGCCAGUCGAGUCGAGCAGGUCCUCAACAUCUACACCGUCCUGUCCCGCGCCCUUCCCGGCUGCGACCCCGCCAAAAACGCCGUUUCCAUCUCCCUACUUCACUACAGUCAUGGCAUCCUCUCCUUCAUGGCCGAGGUCGUGGACCGCGAGGAGGCCUGGCUCCUCGCAGUCGACAUGCGACCCCGAAAGCAAUGCGCGAGAUCCGGCAGGCUGCGCCUCCGGAUCCAGCUGCAGUCGACCCGGCGCCUCUUCGUCCGCAACAACCGCUCCUACCUCUACUAUGGCACACACUCGGCCUUGGGAUACCACGGGUAUCCGCAGUGGUCCGUGAACUGCGUGAGUCUGGACACUGGUCCUGAUCCCACCCCGUACACGGUAGUGCUGCAUAACUUUGCCGGCACCGAGAUCGGCCAGACCGUCUGCUUCGACGUGCAUGAGGACCAUCUCUACGCUGUGUCGACGCUCAUCGACUUCGAGGAGGAAGAGGUCGACUGGACGUCACUGUACAUGUGGAUCUGUCUGGCCCCCGACGGUCGUGCGGGAUCGUCGGUGAGACCCAACAGUACGUGGCGUCGCCAGCACCGGGAGGGUCCGAUCAACGACUCGUGGUCAGACCUGACCCUGCGGCAUGAUGAGGCGACCAACCGCCUGACCAUCUUGGAGUGCCGCCGCGAGUGGCUCGAUGGGGGCAGUGCAAAUACCCGCACCUACUACGCACAGCCUCUCCCGUCGCCUGCCGAGAUCCUGCAAGGCAAACAACCCCGGUCCUACUCGCCCGCCCAUUCGACACCCGCCCCCCUUCCUGACGAGCCCCUGGCCCGGACCAUCAGUUCCUCCAACAAACCUACCUACGAGCCCCCGCGCAAACGGUUGCGCCGAAACUAUCACCAGGAGUAUCCCGUGGAGAGUGACGACGAUCCCUGCGGCCGCCGCGAUUUUAUCCUCGCCAAAACCAAGUUUCGCACAUACAACCCCUCCGCAUCGUCCUUCGUCGACCUGGUCAACGACCCGCGGCCCCCACGCGCCGGCAGCCUGGUGCCCCGCGACCGUCUGCGCUUGCGCGUUGUCUCCCGGAAGCGUAAAUCUCCCAUCGACGCAGAUGGCCAGGAAGGGGAACCGGGCCUGCUCUUCCGGCCGGAGAUCGUGGACCCCGAUGGCCGGAGCGUCGACGACAGUGAUGAGCGCUUUGUCUCCCGGGGGACCAGCCUCUGGCCCCCCGACCACGCCCCUCUGGAGCUAGAUCAGCUUUUGUGUCCCGGCCGUCGCACUGGCAGGGUCCACGCCAUGGCCGAUGAACGCUCCCUCGUGUACUCCGUCGACCAAGACGGGCUGACCCCCGGCGAUCAGGCAAUCGUGCUCCUCAACUUCGACCCAUCUCUGCGGUUACCGGGCCUAAAGCGUCUAGACCUAACGGGGGCCCUAGCAUCUAACGGACGCUCGAUGGCCGUUGAACUCGAACGUCCCAAGAUCGGCGACUUGUCCGAUGCCCCCAUGACACACCCUUGUCCCCCGGUCAACCGGCGACGGACAAACCAGGCGAUGCCAUCUGUCCGAGAAGAGCCGGCGAUGUACCUCCGUGUUGGGCGAGGCUAUUGGCUUCGCUGA